AUGCGCGAAAGGCGUGCGCACGGUGCUCGGCUGCCAUUGGUGGACACUGUCCCCUAUGCUGCCAUGUCCCUCCGCGAUCGCAGUGCCUACUUGGGAGACAUCGGCGGCGGGCCGUUCUGCGUCCCCGACCUCCUCACCUGCAACUUACGGUUCUAUCGCAGACUCUGCCGCCGCUCGGAUCUCGCGCUGUCAACUUGGACGAGAGUGAUCGUGUUGUUUACAAGUUCUGCCAGUCAGAUCGUCAAGGUCCGCCGAUUCAUCGAUGACCAGCACAAUCCAAGAUGGACGGGCUGGCAGAUGGCGAUGGUCCUCUCCUUGAUUUAUAUCCGACGCGCGACUGGCGGCUGGGGUCGUGCAUAUUGGUUUCUGGGCGAGAUCUGUGCUAUCACGGAGGAGAUCGACCAUGCAUUGAACCCUGAGCGAUGCAAAGCCCGAAAUAAGACAGCGCAUUGCGUAUACGCUCAUCUUCCGGUCCGCGGCACGCUUGCUGGCAUCCCGCUAAAAGAGAUCUGGACUCCAGUAAUGAUUCUGAGCUGGACCGAUGGUCAACGCGCGCACGUUCUCGUGAAAGCGGGUCCCUUGGUUAACAAGACAUUCCGGGUCGACCAAGUCCUCCUCUACACGCUUGCAAUUGCUCGCGCCAUCCGCCGAGGGAAGCAGCACGCUCACCGUCUCGACGGGCGAUUUCAGUUGAGGGAUCUGUCCACUAGAAUGCAUCUCAGUCCACUGAGAUCCUCCGUCCCUCCUUCUUCGCCUGGUAUCUCUCUACCCCCACCGUUUUCCUGGCUCGAUGCCCGUCGAGACCUCUUCAGAUUCAGUCCUGGUUCCGAUGAUUCUUUACUGCAGAGUUGAGCCUGCCCGGGUGCUGAUCGACUUCCAUGGCGAGGGGAAGCGACGCGAAAGAUGAUUCCAAGACUUGCAAUCGAUCGCAUAUCGCUUCCUGGAUUCCACCCAAGAUGCCGCAUAGCAAGACUGAGACAACACGUGGAUCACUGUGUAAGAUCCGACGGGCUAGAGGGCAGAAGAGAUGUCAUUGGCAACCAGCAGGCGGCCGCUUGGGGUGCAGGGGAGUCGUGCGAUUCGACAGUCACACGCGGCAUGCGGCGGACAGGGCGCGCAGGAAGCGAUGAGACAACGGCAUACAGGCACUGGCAACGUCGGGUACCGGAUGAAUGUUAAGAAGGAGCAUAGGCCUUUGAUUCCCGUUCCGAUAAUCAUUCCUCUGGCAGCGUUGGGGGCCAGAUUGUCCCCACAAGAAUGAGGCCUGAGAAUUCAUUCGUAGAAAGUACAUAUCACGCUGUCUGUCCCAUGAAGGUCCGACUCUGGCUCAUAAUGGUCUGGGCCUGUGUCUGCCAGGCUACCGUCGUCCAUUAGGGUCAAGGUCUAUCUUGAUGCCAG